CGCAAUAAAGUUCACACGCGCACUGCUUCCCCGAUAGCGGGCUGGGCUGGGCAGGAGUGGGAGGGGACGCCCUUCCUGUUUUCAUCACUGCUUUCCUUGCACUUAAUCUCCUACGGGCCGGCCCGAGGGUCGAAAGGCUAACCAUGUGGCCAGUCUUGCGGAUCGCCGCGUAUUCGAAUGUGCUACUCCUGAGGAUGUCUGCGGUCGCCCAGAUGCCGGCGCUGGAAGACGUCCUCCCGAAAGGUGAAUCUCAACUCGGUCGCUGGUGUCGUACAGACUCCAACUGCUUGGCGGAGAACUCGGGCUGUCUGGCCGAGAUAUGCGCCUGCAAGAUCGGUUUUGUUCUCUACGAGGACCGAUGCAUUCCAGAACCUCGCAACAGGGGCUUCUCUAAGGUGUACCUCAUGAGCAUCGGCUGCCUGCUGUCCAUACUCAUCUUCUCCAUGUCUCUGUGCUUCCUCUACUGGAAACGGAAGCUCGACGAUCGGCGAAACCUAGAGAUGGAGGACAACGGCUCGGUGGCUGGCAUCGCGCCUCCUCUGUGGCCGGACGAGUGCUCGAGCGACAAGCCGCCCUCCUACGAAGUCGCCGUCAGUAGAUCGGGCUUCCGCUUCAAGCUCGAAGCGCCGACACCCAGUUCGUGGCACGCGCUGCCCUCGUCUGACGACCAGGCACGUUAUUACGCAUAGCGUCGUUGCGACGAUGUCGUGCCCACUGAACACCCAAUCGCGGUGAACCCGCACUUGGUACCAGUUGGGUCCAUAUAAUGUAAAUUCAACUGCUUUCCGGCUUCGUGCAUGGUAUCAAAGGAUACCAGCCAGCUCCAGUUUAAAUAUUUUCACCUGAAUGACGUCCUUUUGCAAUCGCCGUUCUGGAGUGUGUUGCUAUAGCACGCUUAACAGUUGCGCCUCCGUCCAAUAUGCGCUUACAAGAACUCUUGUCCGUACUUUCACGCGUGUCCAAUAUAUUCUUGAGCGCCAAAUAAAUAUUGAGGUCUGAAUCCCGUUAACCUUAGUAGCACCUGCAGUGUUUGCCUCACAAAAAAAAAAAAAUUAAAAGAGAGAGAGAGAUUGAAGAAAACAUUUCGGUUUAUGACUGAACAAAUUCUAUAGCGCUCACGGACGAGAAAACAGGAGAAGUCGCGCAAGACACGCGAGGAAUGGGCAUUGUGUGUCCUAAGCACUUUAUAUAUAGA